AUGGCUACCCCUAGUGUCCUCGCUUUUGACGCUGAGGGUCGAGCCAUUGACUUUGAGGUCUGGGUCCACGACCUGCAGCUGUUUUUACAGUGUGAUAGGGCGGACGGUCUUUCUCUCUUUGACCUCACCUCUGGCGCCUCCCCUGCUCCUGCUGCUGAUGCUGACCCCACUGUUCGCUCUCGGUGGGCCACCCGCGAUGCUGCUGCACGUCUUGCUGUGCGUCGCCACCUGCCUACCACUGAGCGCGCGCACUUUAGUCAGUACAAGAGUGCUCAGACCUUGUACGACGCUGUAGUUGCGCGCUACUCUUCCCCUGCCACUGCUGCACUGAGCCGCCUCAUGCUACCGUACCUCUUUCCUGACCUUGCUGCCUUUCCUUCAGUCGCUGACCUCAUCACGCACCUCCGCACUUCUGACACUCGCUACCGCGCCGCACUUCCUGCUGAGUUCUGCGCCAGGAACCCCCCCCCCCCCAUGUACAUCGCUCUCUAUUACAUAGUCACUCGCCUCCCUGACUCCCUUCGCGUAGUGAGGGACCACUUCCUCUCAGUCUGUCCCACCACCCUCACUGUCGACCUCCUCGAGAAGGCCCUCCUAGCAGCGGAGAAGAGCAUAGUCGAUGUAGGAGCCUCUCGUGUCUAA